GCCCUGCACGAGAGGAUGUUCACAACCAUAUAUAAAUCAACUCGUUUGCACUCUGUCUUAUUUCGCUUUCUCGUACAAUUUCGUACGCAUUCUCCGUACGCAUUAUGCCGUUGUUGCGAGGAGCUUCAGUGUGGGUGCUAAUUGCGCAGGUGGUUGCGUUGCACGGCCUACAAUCUGAGGAGGCGAUUGUGUACCCGGAGUUCCUAGACGAAAGGUCCGAUAAUGGCGCCCGAACAGUGAAGAUCAAGGACGAUCUGACGCUCAGCUUAGUGCAGAAGUCACCGUUUCGUGAACGUCUCCACCUUCGAACGCCCCAACAGGAUGGUUCGGUACUCAACACUUAUGUUUCGUCGUCGCUGUACUCGUCCAAGCUCUUCCAGGAUGAGGACAACUUCGCAUCUCUCGUGGUGACCGACAACAACGGCUUUCAUUUUCAAGGCAUGAUUGGCGAUGAUUUGCGCAUCGAACCUCUGCUCACCGCUGAGCGUUCCUCAGAAGGUCAUGUAGCCCACAGGCUGUACAAGGUGGAAGAAGUGAGUUCUGACACUCCGAUUUACCAGUACGUUUCAGAGCCCGAUUCUAAUACAGCAGCCCGCAGCGUCGACAACGAUACUGUUUCAGAGCCCGAUUCUAAUACAGCAGCCCGCAGCGUCGACAACGAUACUGAGGGCGUAAUAGACAAACACUUUGCACGAGUAGAAACACACAUCGUUGUGGACAGCGUCCUCUUUGCACAGUUCAAAAGGAAGAAGACAGACGCAAUUUUGUACUUUGGAGCAGCUAUCAACUUCAUCAAUUUAAGGUAUAACACAGUGGAGACCAUUGAAGUUGAAAUUGUCGCCAUCGCAUUUACGUUCUACGAAGAUGGCAACGAGGAAGCGAACUUCUUGAAGUUUUACAAUGUGCGAGAUGCAAGCUGGGACGAGUACGGCAACAUUCACAGCACGCUUGCCGCAUUCAGAGACUUUUAUAAGAGGAACCACGCCGACAUAUUUUAUCAAGCGGAUUUGCUUUCCUUUGUCACAGGGCGAGAUAUGUGCUCCGCUGUAGGAAACACGGUGUCUUGCGACGUGUCGGGUCUCGCGUACUUAGCGGGUGUAUGUGACAAUGCACGAACAUCAAUGGUAGAAGACAAGGCCUGGUCUUUCAAUGUAGUGCGUGUUAUGGCGCACGAGUUGGCUCACAAUCUCGGGUGUGUCCACGAUGGCGACGAUCCUUAUGCGCACAUGGAAGGCCAUCCAGGCGCGAAAGGAUGUCCCUGGAAUGAUGGCUACCUGAUGAGCUACGUAACACAGGACAACAGACAGUUCCAAUUUUCCCGCUGCUGUGCUGAGCAGAUACUGUUUGUUUCCGAGCUCGAAGACAAGCUAUGCCUGUACUACAACAACAGCGGGAAAAGCGAUCGUGUUGAAACUGGCGAUCUACCAGGAGAUAGAGUAUCACUGGAUAAACUUUGUCAAACUGCCUUCGCACACGUAACGGGCUACAAGUUUAUGUUCGAUAGGAAUACUGGCCUUUCUGGAAAUGGGUGUGUCAUCCCUUGUAGAAGCAACGAGAAAACUGUCGGGCGAGAAAGGUACUGGAGGUAUGGAAACACACAAGGACUGGACGGUUCCCGUUGUGACCCUGAGGACGAAAAUAAGCUGUGCAUUCGAGGAGAGUGUAAGUCGCACAAACGCUGCGAGGAAUGCCACAACCGUACGUCACAACCAAAAGCUCCGCCAACAACAACAACAACAACACCUGCUCCGCGGCGAAGGUUCAACUGGAUUUUUGAAAGAAGGAGACAUUAAACUUCAUUUGUUGUUUGA